GUUUUGUGAAAUAACAUGGCGGACAUGUUAUGGAGAGAGUGCGCAAAUUGGUUAAUUCGAUGUCAAAUAUUACCACUAGAUCAUCGAGUAACAUGGCAGAAUGCUCAAGUUAUUGAUCUCGCAAAUACAUUGCGUGAUGGCGUACUUCUGUGUCAAGUUUUGAAUAAGCUAGAACCGGGAUGUAUCGACUUGAAAGAAAUAAGUCUUCGUCCACAGAUGUCACAGUUUCUUUGUAUGAAGAAUAUAAGAACCUUUCUUCAGACAUGUCAAAAUGUAUUUGACUUGAAAACUGCAGACUUAUUUGAACCUUAUAUGUUGUUUGACUAUACAGAUUUUGGAAGGGUUCUUCAUACAUUGUCCUUGCUCUCAAAAUCUGUUAAAGCACAAAGCACAGGAAUCAGGGGAUUUCCAUCCUACAAUAAAGCUCACGAAUACUACAACGAUGAUAUAUAUAGGAACUUGGAAGACAUAGCUAAUAACAUUGGAAAGGAAUUAUGUGAGAUACACACUGGGUUUCACAGUGAAUUGUUCAAGGCCUGUACCUCCAGCCAGUAUAAGAUCAGUGAUUGUUUCAUUCACUGGAAAGAUAAGUUUGUAAUUUAUGGAGAAUACUGUUCUAAUCUACCAUUCUCACAGGAGCUGUUGGAUGACUUGUGUAAUAAAAAUGAGAUUAUCAAUCAGUCUGUUCUGAGGUGUCAAAUGGAUGCUAAUGAAGGAAAGUUUAAACUACGAGAUUUACUUUCUGUUCCCAUGCAGCGUGUUUUAAAAUACCACCUCCUGCUUAAGGAACUUCUUAGAAAUACGCCUAAAACCCAUGAAGAUUAUGUGGGACUAGAGAAGGCAUUAGACUGUAUGCUAGACAUAUCUCAGUACAUAAAUGAAGUCAAAAGAGAUAAUGAAACUUUGGAAAUUAUAAAAGACAUCCAAGUCAGCAUAACAGAUCUUGAUAUGCCUGAAAACACAGAAUUGAGAGAUUAUGGUCGUUUACUGAAGGAUGGUGAGCUUAAAGUUAGAUCACAUGAUGACAACAGGCUAAAAAAUAGGUACGUAUUUCUUUUUAAUAAUCUGUCUGUUGAAGAAAUGUUAUUAUGUUUACUUCAGGGUGAACAGUACAGCUAUAAAGAAGCUCUAGUCCUUCGUGAUUACAAGGUAGAAGAUGUAACCAUGACUCGCUGUGGGAGUAAAGACAAGUGGAGUUACUACUGGUAUCUAGUACAUCGACAAAAUAAAACUGCAUAUACCAUGUAUUCAAAGACUGAAGAGAUGAAGAGGAAAUGGAUAAGUGCAAUUGAAAAGGCUCUUGAUAAUGACUCACCAGCUGCCACAAGACUCACAGAUCACAAGUUCAACAUGUUUACAUUCGAUAAACCAUCAAAUUGCAUGGAUUGUGGAAAACUCCUUAGGGGUAUUUUUUACCAAGGAUAUAAAUGUGCAACAUGUGGUAUAGGUGUACACAAGGACUGUAUAGCCACUGUUCGUUCCUGUGGUGCUCCCACUUUGCCACCACGCCCAAUGUUAAAUGCUCAUGCUAGUUCAUUGUCUUCUAUUCCAUUGCAAGAAGAGCAUGGGAAUCCUUUUGAAAAUUUCCAAAGUACUCAUAAACCUGUUAUAGCAAUAGUCAAAGCAGUGAGAUCCUUUAGAGGAGAUGUAACAGGUUCCUUGUCAUUUGAUUGUGAUGAUAUAAUUCAUGUGUACAAGAAAGCUAAUCAUCUUUGGUGGGAGGGUCGUAACCAGCGAACAGAGGAGGAGGGUAUUUUCCCUGUAGACUAUGUCAUGGGUCAACAACAUUUUUCAAAGCGAGCAUCAUAUGAAGACCCUACUCCACACUGGAAAGUUCAUCAGGCUCGCCAUCAAGCUACACCUCAUGAAAGUUAUGUCAACUUAAACCUAGAGGAGCAAGCUUGGUUUGCUGGAACAAUGGACAGAGAUACUGCUUCUGUUCGUCUGGAGAACUUACCAAGUGGAACUUUUCUCUUGAGAGUGAGUCCCAAACAAAAUGGUGGAUAUGCCAUCAGUCUCAACUACAACAACCAAGUUAAACACAUGAGAGUGUGUAUGACUGAAGAUGGGCAGCAUUUCUACCUUUCUGAAUCUAAAUAUUUUAAGACUAUUGUGGAACUGAUCAAGUGGUAUGAGGAAAACACCCUAGCUGAAAGUUUUUCAGGGCUCAACAUAAAGCUAUUAGUUCCUUACAAAAAAGCUCUUAAUCUGACUAAUGGUGCAGUGGAGUCUGUGGGACUUGCUGUUGCCAUACAUGAAUUCACAGGUGCUUCCCCUAAUGUUCUUUCACUACAAAAAGGAGAUAGUGUGAUUAUUAUUAGCAAAGCUGGAGGUGAUAAAGGUUGGUGGAAAGGAAAAAUAGGAGACAGGGUCGGCUACUUCCCCCUGGCUUAUGUACAAGAACUUUCAGAAUAGCAUGAAGAAUGAACAACACGUCUAGUCUGCAUGUGGUACAUUAUUUUAUAUGCUCAUGUACAAGUUUUCUGGCUCUCCUGAUCUUCAAGUUUAGCUAAUAGUACAUGUAGGUAACAAUACUUAUAGCUAUAUUUGUAUAUAACAUUUAGUAUAAUGUUUAUGUAUGUGCUUCUUAUAUUUCCUUUGUGGCAUAUCCAUUUAUCAGAGUUAAAUUACACUUUAUUUGUAAAUUUUUAUGUUGUUAUAGUUUAUGGAGGCCAUAAGUUAGCUUCAAGUGAAGUUGUUUCGUAAAUAUUUGUACAUAUGUUGUAGGUCCUGCUGCUGUAGAUAAGUAAAAUUUGAGCCUUUUUAUAUACAUAACCUGUGUUAGACCCAAGAUUUUAUAUACAUAACCUGUGUCAGUCCUAAGGUUUGCAUACAUUACCCAUGUCAGUCUUAAGGUUUGCUUACAUUACCCAUGUCAGUCUUAAGGUUUGUAUGCAUACCCGUGUCAGUCCUAAGGUUUGUAUGCAUAACCCGUGUCAGUCCUAAGGUUUGUAUGCAUAACCCGUGUCAGUCCUAAGGUUUGUAUACAUAACCCGUGUCAGACCCAAGGUUUUAUAUAAAUAACCUGUGUCAGACCCAAAUUUUUAUACAUAUAACCUGUGUCAGGCCCAAAGUUCUGUAUACAUAACCUGUAUGUGAUGCUAGGGUUUGCAUAAAUAACCUGUUUCAGACGCAAAGUUUGUAUAUACACAUUCUGUGUCAGAUCUAAGGUUUUAUACAUCUAACUUUUGUCAGACCAGAGGAGUUAUAUAAAAGUAAAUAGUUAUUUGGGUUGACUGGUAAGGUGUACAUCAUAUAUUGAUGUCAUCUUUCUAAACUUCCCUUGAAGUAAACUUGUAGAAAGUGAUUUGUAUAUUUAGAUAACUGGGUAACUGUAUAUUUUCAACACAGUUUAAUGCCUGGAUAACUUUUGGGUAUUUGACAAGAAUUUGUUGCAGAGUUUAUAAAAAAAAAUGGUGGUAACCCAUUUCAUGCAGUGUUUUUAUGUUUAGUUUAUUGCCUUAGAAUUAUGAUUUAAAAUUCUCCACAAGUGUUAUAGUGAACAACCAAUGUGCAAAAUCAUUUUCGUAAAAUUUCUUGUUUUAGGUGUAAUAGUUGGAUAUAUCAAGUUAUUUCGGGAACAUAUAAACUUGCAUUUUACAUGUACAGAAGAUGUAAUAAUUGGUUAUAUUUUAUACAUUUAUUUUUGCUUUUCAUUACUGCAUUUUUCAUGUUUCUCUUACAUUUAAGUAUCCGUUAUGCCAAGAAUUUAAUUUAAAAAUGUAAAAGUACAUUUAUAUAUAUUGUGCAGCAUUUUGAAAGAGGACAAAAACUUAUUAAGAUUUCCUAAAAAGUUUAAAUCAUAUUUUAUUUUUGUAGUUAAGAACUCCCAAGUCAAUAUUGAAUUAUAAAUGUUUUAUUCUACUUAAUUUAUUAAAUCUUACAAAGGAUGGGUAUAAACAAUACCUGAAUAUGGCCUACUUCCAAAUGGGGUAUGAAUUUUUUCUUCUCUGUAAACAUCUUCCUAAAUACUUCAGUAUCUUAGCAAAGAGGAGUUGUUAUAUUAAUAAUGAGAAUCCACAAUGUUUUCAAUUAAUUAUAAAUGACCUGCUCAACCUUUGUUUUCAACUACUUUGGGAUAAGGAUGUAAGUUGAUAAAACUACGUAACUAUGCACAAACAUUAUGUCUAAAGUGUUGGAAUGGGUGCUCAGUAAUUAUUUCCAGAAUGAGAAGACAUAAUGUUUAUACUUAAACACAUGUAAAGUUUCUUUGGCUAGCAAACAAAAUCAACUUUCCUUUGAAAGUAACGGAGGACAGUGAAUGUUUAACUACUGUAACAUGCAUAUAAUCCCUUUCCUGUACCUACUAACAUCGUUCAGUUAAGAAUUCACCAGAAGAUAGCUGCAGACUUGUAAAAGAACAUACCAUUUUAAUGAGAUCCAUUAAGAUCUUGGUGAACAAAGCCUCCAUAUAAAAAGAGUGCUUUGUUCUUUUACAAGCAGAAACCACAACUAUAACGAAGUCAGUUCAGCAUGCUUAUUUUAUACAUAUAUCAUUUUACUAUGUUUCUGUAGUUAAGUUGUGAAUCCUUGUUCAAAAUUAAGCAUUUUUACUCAUCAGGUGGCCACGUUAAGGAGAAACAUUUUGUGUUACUUUUCAACUGCCACUCAGUCUGUGAACGAGGUGUUUAUCAUCAGCUUUCUAAGCUUGGUUUGUAACUAGUGGAAAAUAAUUACUGAAAGUUAGCCAACAUAGAAAAAUAUGAAGUUUCAAGCAUUGUUCAUUACAACAGGCUUCACAUUUUAUGUAAUUGUGCCAAAAAAAGUCUAGUUUUCCUACUGCCAUGGGAAGUAUGGCUGACUUAAUAUUUCUUAAGUGAAAUGUCGGAGCCUGUUAUGUUCAAGUAUUGCUUGUAGACUGAUCCUUUGCUAGACAUGGUUAUCAUGCUAAUAAAACUUUAAAUGUAUAUAAUUGUGUGAAUUUUAAAAAGCUUUAGUGAAAUAAACUUCAU